UUGUACUUUCUUGCAAUUCACUUUUCAGCUGGUCCAAUCGCUCUUGCCCGAGAAUGGUUACUUAGCGAUGAUUCACCAUUUUUUGUACUCAAUAGUGAUAUUAUUUGCGAAUUCCCUUUUCGUGAUUUGAUCAAGUUCCAUUUGAGUCACGGCAAAGAAGGUUCAAUCUUGGUUACUCAAGUGGAAGAACCAUCCAAAUACGGCGUGGUGGUCUAUGACCAAGAAACCGGUCGAGUACACCGAUUUGUGGAGAAACCAAUCGAGUUUGUGGGAAAUCGGAUUAAUGCCGGUAUCUAUUUGUUGAACUGUAGCGUGGUGGAUAAAAUCCCGCUUCGACCAACUUCCAUUGAGAAAGAAAUUUUCCCACAGAUGGCUAAAGCACAGGAACUGUACUGUUUUACUCUACCAGGUAACAAUAUUCCUCUUGCAGAUUUCGAUUGGAUCCCUUUGUUGCUCGUUGCAUUUAAUGCAAUUUCUGUGGUUUAA